CACACCAAGAUUAUUAUUCCUUGUUUGAAGAAAUUGCGCAGGCAAAUAUAGGUGAACUUGAAGUAAUGCCAGUUCUUAGAAAACUUGCUAAACCAUUUGUUAUUUAUAUGCAAGAGAAUUUGAAAUAA